AUGCGGCCCCCAUCAACCGACAUCAUCAUCAUUGACUCCCUCCAACUCAUCGCCAACAUCGGGCCUAACAACUGGGGCCGUCCGGAGCCGCAAGCGCUCAAGCUCUCGGCGCACCUGCAUCUCUACCCGACGUCGCUCGCGCUCGCGGCGGCGACGGACGACAUACGGCUGACCGUGCACUCGUGGGACGUCGCGGCGUCGCUGCAAGGGCUCGGCGCGCCCGGCGCGACGUACGCGGGGGGACGCGCGCUCGCGCGGUGCGCGCUGCACGCGAUGAGCAAUUGGACGAGCGACGCGGUGCGCGAGGUGCGCGUCGUGCUGGAGGCGCCCAAGGCGCACGUGCGCGCGGAGGGAGGGAUGGGCUGGGAGGUCGUGACGGCGGGCGAGGCGGCCGUGUGUGCGGCUGCGGGCGCGGCGGAGGGCGUGGUGGUGGUCGCGUUCGCGAAGGGCCUCGCGCUCAGCGUGCUCGUCGGCGCGCACCCCGCAGAGCGGGAGGCGCGGCAGCGCGUCGUUGUGGAUAUGUGGAUCGUGGAGGAGCCCGGGGUGGAGGAGGAGGUCGACUAUCGGCGGCUCGUCGACGUCGUCGUCAAGGACAUGGAGGCGUCGGACCAUCGCACCCUCGAGCGCCUCGUCCAGGAGGCCAUCCGCGCCGUGUGCGUCGCGGGCGAGCAUGUCCGCGAAGUGACGAUUCGCGCGAGGAAGCCGCACGCGCUCGUAGGCGUGGACGCGCUCAUCGUGCAGCUCACGCGGCCUAGAAGCGCGUUCGUUCGGACAACUCCCGGCGGUUCGGCCGUAUGA